GGGGAAAGGCAGGACACCUCCCGGAAUGAACGCAGAAUAGCAUCUCCGUGACUCCGGCUGCACUAUCCCGUCCGCAGCCGCCGUCUUUUCACCUUUUACAUUUUCCAGGUCUCACUAUGGAAGUGACGAGGAACAGACUGAUAAUAUUUAUCCUCUUUCAGAUCGGUGACGUGGCGUAUGGCUACUACAGGACGCAGCGCAAGUUCACCGAGGACAUCGACUGGUCAUACGCAGGGAGCUUAAACCAAGACAACUGGGCCAAGCGGUACCCGUCCUGCAGCAGCGCCAAGCAAUCACCCAUCAACAUUGACGAUGACCUCGCCCCGGUCAUGCUACAGUUCCAGGGACUGCAGCUGGAGGGCUUCAAACAGGACACCCCAGAAGGCACCACCAUCCACAACGACGGGAAGACUGUUGCUAUCAGCCUUGAUGCCGAGUACUACAUCACCGGCGGGGGACUGAGGUCCAGGUUCAAGGUGGGCAGGAUUACCUUCCACUGGGGCACGUGCAACGCAUCGUCCGAUGGCUCCGAGCACAGCCUCAAUGGUGUCAAGUUCCCCCUGGAGAUGCAGAUCUUUGGCUACGAAGCGGGAGAGUUUAAGUCGAUCGAUGAUGCUCUGAAGGAGGGGGGAAAGCUGACCGCUCUGUCUGUGCUCUUUGAGACCAGCGCAGUUGAUAACGAGAACUAUGAAUCUAUUAUCAACGGUGUCAACGCUGUCAAUCGAUUUGGUAAAACCGCCACUCUAGAGCCCUUCUCCUUGCUGGGCCUGUUGCCAAACUCCACGCAGAAGUACUAUGCCUACAACGGGUCCCUGACCACGCCGCCAUGCUCGGAGACCGUGGAGUGGAUCGUCUUUAGAGACACGGCGUCCAUCUCGGAAACCCAGCUGGAGAUGUUCUGUGAGGUGAUGACCAUGCAGCAAGCCGGGUUUGUCAUGCUGAUGGACUACCUGCAGAACAACUUCCGGCAGCAGCAGCCCCAGUUCAUGGGCCAGGUGUUCGCCUCCUACACCGGCACAGAGGAGGUCCUCGCGCCUGUCUGCAGCUCGGAGCCGGAGAACGUGCAGGCGGAACCGCACAACUACACUGGCCUCCUGGUGAUGUGGGAGAGGCCGCGCGCCGUCUACGACCGCGACAUCGAGAAGUACGCCGUCACCUACCAGCAGCUGGGGGCCGGGGACCAGCCCCGACUGGAGUACCUGACGGACGGAGACCAGGAUGUGGGGGCGAUAAUCGAGGACCUUUCGGUCAACGUCAGCUAUACGAUCCAAGUUGCGGCAGUGUGCACCGACAGUCAGUACGGCCGCGCCAGCGAGCGGCUGGUCGUGGACAUGCCCCUGGAUGACCCCGAGACCAAGAGCGAUUCUGAUCCUGACCAUGGCUAUUUAGAUUACACUGAAACAGAGGAUGACAAUAAGCUAAAUGCAGAAAUACACCAACCUGACCGGAAGCAGGCGACGGUAGAAGAGCCGACCCCGUCCAGUUCGUUCCGGCCCAACUUCCUGUUCCCUGGCGUCACGACUGCCUUGCCAGUCCUGAGGAGGAUCACAGCGGAGUAUUCGCCUUCCUGGUCCAUGGAGCAGACCCACAUGAGGGGGAACACGGAGCCGCCCACAGCCGGACAGGGCCGACGAAUGGGAGGCCUUGUCACCAGCGCUUACCUUGAUGACGUUCUCACCAAAGCGGCUUCUGCAAGUUCUGCCGCAACUCUGACGUCUACUGCUAGUAACUGGGCCCUCUAUGGUCCAGGGGUCCCCACGCUGGAGAGCGUGAUGUCACAUCCUGCUACUGAAUCGACCCCCAUCCCGGAGAUCCUGGCGGGCCAAACCUCCUCGGCCCCCCUCUUUGGCGUCCCACUGUGGCCCACGAGCCCAGUUUCCCAGCAACCCCCGAGUGCCACACCCUCCGAAACUGUCUCCCAGACCACCAAUGUGGUCCCGGCCAGCGCCCAGAGCCCCACGCCAGUCCUCACUUGGGCCCUGCCCACAGAUUCCCUUCCCCCCUCCCCCAGCGCCUCCCUGGAAAGUGGCUCCACCCCCACGGAGGGGCAGGCUGACAGUAGUGCUUCAGGCUCCGCGGUGCACCCGGACUCCCAGGAGGAUGUAGAUCAGGAGUUGGAGGGGGGCCGGGUCUAUGAGAUGGCCACACCCACCAGUCCCCCCUCAGCACCGGACCCGGCGGUGGUGCCGACCGGCAAGGGGCAGGACAGCGACGACAGAUACAGUGGGCGCUCCUCGUCGUUCUACUUUGAGGCCGAGAACGAGGGCAGUAGCAGCACCGGUGAGAUGGAGGAGGCGGAGCCCAGGCCACGGAUGCUGGGCAGGGCCGAGGAAGGCAGCGCCUCAGGCCAGGGCUCGUCCGGGAGCCUCUACGACAACGAGACCUCCACAGACUUCAGUAUCUCAGAGUACUCAGGCAGGCAGUCUGAGGAUGCCACGGAGGCAGAGGUGAGCGACAGCAGCCCUGAAUCCCGGAUGGCGCCGGCGGGGCUGGAGAGCCAGGGGAGGCAAGCUACUAUCCCGUUGGCCGUGGUGGCUGCACUCACCCUCCUGAGCCUGCUGGUGCUGGUGGGAAUCCUCAUCUACUGGAGGACGUGCUUUCAAACCGCUCACUUCUACAUCGAGGACAGCUCCUCUCCCAGGGUUAUCCGCUCCGCAAACGCUCUCAUGCUCCCGUCUGCAGAUGACCACCCGGCUGUCUCCGCAAAGCAGUUCGUCAAACGGGUGGCUGAACUUCACAGCUCCGACGGCUUUUCUCGGGAGUUUGAGAUACUGAAAGAGUUCUAUGAGGAGAUCCAGGCAGGCACUCUGGACCUGGGCAUCACCGUGGACAGCUCCCAGCACCCGGACAACAAGAACAAGAAUCGAUACCUCAACAUCCUGGCCUACGAUCAUAGUCGUGUCAAACUGUCCUCCAGUCCUGGUAAAGAGAGACGGAGUGGAGAUUACAUCAAUGCCAAUUACGUGGAUGGCUUCAAUAAACCCAGAUGCUACAUUGCAACCCAGGGUCCGCUCAGGUCGAGCGUGGAGGAUUUCUGGAGGAUGAUCUGGGAGCAAAACGUGGGCGUGAUCGUCAUGAUCACCAACCUGGUAGAGAAGGCCCGGCGGAAGUGUGACCAGUAUUGGCCCCGGGAGAACCAGGAGGAGUUUGGCAGCUUCAUGGUCACACUAAGGAGCACCAAGGUCUUGGCCUACUACACCCAAAGAACCUUCACCCUGAGAAACACCAAGGUCAAGAAGGCGAAGGGCCAUGAGCGAACUGUGGUUCAGUACCACUACACCCAGUGGCCCGACAUGGGCGUCCCUGAAUACGUCCUGCCGGUGCUCACCUUUGUGCGGAAGUCAUCCCGGGCUAGAACUGCAGACAUGGGGCCCAUUGCGGUGCAUUGCAGCGCUGGUGUAGGUAGAACAGGCACCUACAUUGUCCUGGACAGCAUGUUACAGCAGAUCAAGGAGCAAGGGACGGUGAAUGUUCUGGGCUUCUUGAAACACAUACGAAUGCAGAGGAGCUAUCUGGUACAGACUGAGGAGCAGUACGUCUUCAUCUAUGACGCCCUGGUGGAGGCCAUCUUGAGCAGGGAGACAGAGGUUCUUUCUGCCCACAUCCACAGCUAUGUGAACAACCUUCUGAUUCAGGGGCCGUCUGGCCACACACACCUGGAGAAGCAGUUCAAGAUGAUAACCAAGGUCAACACCAAGCAAGGCGACUACUCUACUGCCCUGAAACCGUGCAACAGGGAUAAAAACAGGACCUCCUCAGUCUUUCCUGUGGAGAGAUCCAGAGUGUGUCUGUCAAUGUUGGCGGGGGAGACAUCGGACUACAUCAACGCAUCCUAUGUCAUGGGAUACCACCACAGCUGUGAGUUCAUUGUGACCCAAAGGCCACUUCCCAGCACCAUGCCGGACUUCUGGAGAAUGGUCUGGGAUCACAGCAGUCAGGUCAUUGUGGCACUGCAAGGCCAGGCAGAAGAUUAUGCCUACUGGCCAGCCAGAGGCCAGCCUAUCCGAUACGAGACGUUCUCCGUCACCUUCACAGGAGAAGACCACAUUUGCCUGUCCAAUGAGGAGAUGCUGGUGGUGCAGGACUUUAUUCUGGAGGCCACGCAGGAUGACUACGUGCUGGCCGUGCGGCAGUACCUAGCACCUCGGUGGCCCGACCCGGACGGCCCCAUCAGCAACACCUUCGAGCUGAUCAGCACUGUAGGAAGGACCAGCGCCCCCCAGGACGGACCCAUGGUGGUGUACGACAACCAUGGGGGUGUGGCUGCCGCAACCUUCUGCACCCUCAAGACCCUGGUGAACCAGCUGGAGGAGGAGAAGUCCAUAGAUGUCUAUCAGGUGGUCAGGAUGACUAACUUGAUGAGACCGGGAGUCUUCACAGACAUCGAUCAGUACCAGUUCCUGUACAAGGCCAUCCUGAGCCUGGUGAGCACAAAAGAGGACGAGCACACCCUCCACACGGCUGACAAUGGCACAGUGCCGGCCCGCACCGGUAAUGCCGCCGAGAGCUUGGAGUCUCUAGUGUAACCAUGGCAACGGCCAUUUGGCACACAACCGCCUCUGAAUGAGCUGCAUCUCUUAUUGACACUUUAGCGGGGGGGGGGCAAACCAAAAGCGUUUAGUCCGUUUCCUGCAAGCCUGUUUUUUUCCUGCCGAAGUGACCUGACAUUACUGGACACAGUGUAAGCCUGAACCACGUGCCUUUCUGUAAUUCAUGUCUGUAACCUUAACUGCUUUGGUUCCGGUUGUGUUAAACUUCAGUAGAGUCUUAUUUUGCAAAAUGUCUGUUACUAAGCAUAAGCUUCUUAUUCUGCAUUGCUGCUUUCACUAAGAUGUAAUAAGUCUGCUGAUGUCCCUCUUUGACUCUUCCUGUUUUCUAUUUCAAAUGUAAAUAAUCACCUUUUCACGACUUUCUUUUGGGAUCCUAGCAUGGGGAAAUUUUAAUGUGUAUAUAGUAUGACUUAGAGAUCAACAGAUCAAUAUUCUAUUUAUAUGAGUAGAUUUUAUAUUUGACUAUCAGUCCAAUUUCCUAGACCUUUUUUAUUUUUAAAUGUACGGCAGCAUUCUAACUGUAGUUGAAUGGCUGUAAAUGAUUUUAUUUCUGUUACUGUGUUUUAUGAUUUCCCACAUGAUGUUCAUGUUGAUUUUUAAGCCACGAUUAGAUUAAAAUGUAAAAAUAA